AUGCCAGGACGUACUACUCGAAGCAAAAAGAGCCCUUCUGCCGCUGGAAAAGGAAAGCGAGCGGCCAAGGCGGCUGCUACAGAUGAUGCAACUCCAGUCAAAGUCAAAGCCAAUGACCCGGAAGCCGUGAAGAAACUCACCGACAAGCUCUACAUGGUGCAAGAAAAAUUGCGCAAGAAAAAGAAUCGAGUGCACAAAAUUUCGGCGGAGCAAAUGGACAUCGAAAUCGUAAAAGAAGAACAUGGUUGGCUCGAGGAAGUCGAAUGCUACGAGGAGGAGAAGAAACAGCUUAGUCAGGACGAUGCCAAGAUUGCGCGUCUCGAGCGUAAGCACAAGCGAGCCGCAAAGACUCACGAUGAGCGCCUCGAAAAGCUCAAGGCCGACCUCGAUACGCGCGAACAGGUGACCCACGAGGAGGCCAAGAAACUCAAUGAAGAGAUUGAGAAUCUCCGUCUAUUUGAAAAGGAAGUCGCGGCCGAGUUGAAAGCUGCAAAGAAGGCGCACGCCGCCAAGUAA